UGUAAUAUUCGUCUCGUUAACUUACAGGCGGAGACGAGUUGACGAACUAGAUCCUGCAUUACAUAUAGGCAGUCAGGACCCUCCGUUGCUGUUUCCGAAAUAAAUCUUUAGUUGCGAGGCCGUCGUUAUGCAAACACAAUCACGAAAAAAAAGAGUGCGUUAUCGGAACGCCCGUCACAUUUUUUAUCUCGUUGUAUCCGUGGCCGUAGGCGACUGAGUAGCCACAAAACCGGAUAACCCUUUGGUAAAUUGAAGUGAAAGUACUGAAUUUAAUGUAUUAAACAGUUGCACGCAUGAUAAUUUACCCAUAUUUCGUACUUGUUGGUUCCAAGUGUUCUUGCUGUUCCGUUUGAUUUACCUUGGGGCAUUUAUUUUUGCAGUAAUGAAGUGGUGCAUCACGUUCGUGCAGAAAAACAAUGCAGCAGUUCUAAUAGCUUCAUGUUUGUCUUGCAUUUGCUUGUGAAACCAGCAGUGUGAUCUCUUCUAGUGUAUAAAUGGGCGCAAAAAUGUUCUCAUUUGUGAUCCUAAUAAAACUUAAGGUUUUGACACGCAUUGUAUUUAAGCAGACAUAAAUUUUAUGGACAGUACCAAUAUUUAAUUAACAUGCUGAUGAAGCACCCUAGAACAAACUGUGUACAUUUGCAUGUGUUCUGCAGUCUAAAACCAUUACAAUAUAUAUGUCUCACCUUCUUGCAUUUCAUAUUGCAAAAUUGUGCUUUUUCAAUUUCUGAUGCAAUCAAAAUUUCUGUUCCAGACAUGCAGUAAAGAGGACGGCACCAGUGUAAAGCAACACACUCUACACACCAAAGACAAGCUACUUCCUGCUACAACAAGGCGAUUGUGUGGACUUUGGCUGUUACUACAAGAAUCUGCACCAAGCACACCAUGGUCCUCAUCACAGGAGCCCCCAUCUACCCUGACAGGAAGGGGCUGGAGCCAAAUUUACAAGGAUUUUACACCACAAACAAAGAAGCGGACGCAGAAGUAUUUGGAUGAAAUAUCAAGACUACGGAUGACUGUGUCAAGACUGAAAAGAGCCUCAGCCAUCAUUCCACCAGCACGGAUAUUGGCCGAGUCAUCCAAGUACCUCAACAAAGACUUUCUAGAAAUUCUUCAUGUUGAGAUGCACCUGCAACCAUUGAACAAGCACGGACGACGCUGGCCAAAAGAGUUCCAUCAGUAUGCCCUUCCUUAAUCAGCUUCCUGGUCAUGUCAAAUUCCAUUUGUGCCAAGUAUACAUUUUUUUUCUAUACAUGCAAGCUUA